AUGGUGCUCGCCCUCCUUCACGCGGAAGAGAAGGACCCCGGUGGGCCGCCUCCGCUGGUGGUGCAGCUCGAGCGCCGACCGCCCCCCCGCGCUGCGACCGCCGUCAACGCUGAAACCGUCCGGCGCGUCGCGCGGCGCUUUUCCUCCACCGCGUCGGCCGCGGCGCCCACGCCCGUCCCGGCGGACGCCCUCUUCGCCAUCGAGGAGGCCUCCGGAGCUCACGACGACGACGACCAGGAGGUGCUCUCCGCGCCCCUCCACCAUAACGCUGCCGAGUAUUUCGUGGAGGUGGCCAUAGCCGACGGUAAUGGUCACGAUCUUCCACGUGCUGUCGACGCUGCUGGGGGUGGUGACGCCGACGGUGAUGAUGUCGGUAGUGGCGAGCAGCAGCAGCAACAGCAACAACAACCGGAAGUGGAGGAGGAGCGCGGCUCCAAGGUGGGCCGGCAGCGGGGCGCCGGGUACUUCCUGCUGCACGUCGACACCGGGAGCGCGUGCGGGGGCGGGUGCCACGGGGCGCUGUGCGGGUUCGAGAUGGCCUACGCGGACCGCUCGCGCAUCGCGGGGGUGCUAGUGCGGGACCGCGUGCACAUGGCGGGCGUGGAGUGGGCCGCCACCUUUGGCGCCAUCGUCGAUGCACAUCGCUUCUGCGUGCGGGGCGUCGACGGCAUCCUGGGCCUCGCCCGCCCCGGCACCGCCACCAACCCCCUCAACUGCGUGCCCAACUGCGUGGAACCGCCACUGGAUUCUCUGAUGCGGGAGCACCCCAUGCCCGACGUGUUCGCCCUUCAGCUCCGCGACACAGGCGGACGUCUGAUCGUGGGCAGCGCGGACGACGGCGUGACGGCUCUGCGCGAACCCGUGGCCUGGAGCGCCGACCUGGGCGCCCACGCCGGGCAUUACCGCAUCGCUCUCCGCACCAUCGCCGUGCUCGACGCGCCGCCCGCCGGCCCCCGCCUCGUCCGCCUCCCUGGCCGCGGCAGGGCGACGGCAGAGGCGCUGCUGGACAGCGGGACGAGCGUGAUCGCCGCCUCGUCUCCGCUCUACGCCGCCAUUGUGGCGGCCUUCCUCGCGGGCAACUGCACUACCCGCGGCAUAUGCGCCCACGCCCGGACACACUACACGCACACGCGCGACCAACACCACAUUAGGGAGAGUGGGGAGCACGUGUUCCAGUACUGCUUCCCGCGCGACUCGUUUCCGAUCGACCGCUACCCGGCCCUCUCCCUCGGCCUCGCCCACGGAGUCACCCUCACCCUCCGCCCCAGGCAGUACCUGCUAGAGCGGUUGGCCGACGACGGGACCACCGUGAUGGUGUGCUCCGCCAUCCGCGAGACCAAGGCCUCCCACGCCAGCCUCGUGCUCGGCGCGCCUUUCUUCCGAGCAUUCCACACCGUGUUUGACCGGGGUAACGGGCGCAUCGGUUUUGCGGAGCAUGCCGACGGCGAAGGUGGAGCAGUCGAGGUCGACCCCGACUACCGGGAGCCCGCGCCUGACCUCGCCCUCUACACCUCGUGGGAGAACGGGGCCGGGGUAUGGGUGGGGCUGGCCCUCGUGGGUGCCCUGGUCUCCGUCUGUGGCGGGGUGCUGGUGUGCCUCUACGCUCGUCCCCCCGUAGACCGUGCUCGUCCCCGUGCCCGUGCCCGAGGCCGUGCCACCUGA